AUGUAUAUGACACCUAAUGUACCAGAAAGGAUAUACCUCGAGUUGCAACCUGCGACAAGAAUUGACGUUGAACAAGAAGACAUCGUAUGGGAGGCAGCAACUGAAACUGUAGGAGCACAGAGAGUUGGACAAGAGAACAUUCAACAAGAUAGAAGCCUAAGAGGACAGUUGCCACAUAAAGCUGAGAAUGGCGCACGAGAAAAUUUCCGGGGAGGCAGACAACAUCAGCUCCUUAAGUUUGCUGCCGUGGUCGUAAUUUUCCUGAUUGCUGUUACUGCUCUAGUUAUUUUUGUGAUUAAGUGGUCUGAAUCCAAAAAUCCGGAGAAAGGUACGUUUAAAACAUGACGUAUUUGGAGGGUAAAUGCAAACGCGACUAUCGAGAGAAUCUGCCUUGGAGAUCUCAAGAGUGAAUGUCAGUAAAAAUAAAUAAAAAAAUCACAAAUUCGUAGCCACGGUAAAAAAAAAACGACUCGGCUCAUUUUUUGUCUAGGGCAAGGCUAAGAUACUACCUUCAGUAAAAUGGAAAGAUUUUUUUGAAAUACGCUUUUCUUUCGAAAGUAAACCGUUAAAAUCAAUUUUGCCGUAUUUGGCUGCGCGCCAGCACAAAAUUUCACCACAUUCGAGAUAAUGGUGUUCGACCUAAAGUACAGCAGCCGGUCUUCCUUUGCUAUAGCUAUUCUAUAGGGACCUUGUUUUAUUAAAACAUAUGGAUAGUUUUCGUCUCAGGUUAUUCCUGUAAGAAAUAAACUCGAAAUUUGAACAAUCAUUUGCAGCCUUUCAAGCGAGUAACAAGGAAUUGCAAAAGUAGGGUUAAAUCAUCUCGAUGGAAAGGCGUGUGGUAUCACCUGAAAAUCGUUGAUAUUGCUACCAUAAAUUCCUAAAAGGCAGGUCUUAAAGGUUACUGUUUUGUUUCUCUGGGAUCUUGUAACGUUUUCGACUGAGCGGCGACUGAAUUUCCACAAAAUCGAAAUCUGGCCCAAAAUUUAGGUCACAAACAACGAGGUGUCACGCGAUAGAUAAAUGGCAAUUUUGGCUCAUUUAUAGUCAUUUGUAGUCAUUGUGUUGCUUAAAUGAUAAAAGUAAGCUAUGAUAGGGUGUUUUGCAAAAUGCUGUCUUCAUUGCGGACUAUAACUGUGAAACAAACGAAUCGAUGGCGUGAGUCACACUCCAUUGCAUAAUUAUUGGGCUGCCCUUCGGGCAAAGCGCGGUCAAAAAAUUGGAGGUCGCCUCGUCUGUGCAGGAAAAAGACAAAAUGGCGGACGGAUCUGGUUGCCUGUUACCCUCCCCGACGUCGUUGCUAAUCUUCUGAUUUUUGAGGGGCAGGGUGGGUCUUUUCAGACAACAAUUAUGGUAGUGGAACAAAAACAAUAUCCUUGUGUGAAGUUAGGAAAAAUUGAUCAAAGAAUUAAGUCUCUUGUCUAAAGUUCCUCUUACUGAAAAGGUUCCCCUUGUCGCCUGUCCCCUGAAAGCUUUCUGUCGUUACCGUAAAAGAACCCGGAUUACAAUGCAAGCACUAAUACAAACUUCAGCUUCAGCUCUCGGGUCUCAGCAAAGAAUUUCUUCCUUCAAGGGCUUCGGAGGAGGACAAACAGAGACGUUUCAAGGGCAAAUAGAGUUUUUAUUUUAUUUUAUUUAUUUAUUUAUUUAUUUUUUACAUUUUUCUCUUCUGAAGUGAUUGAGCUCACGUUUUAGCAGAAAGCAAAUCAAGAGUGAAGCAUUCAUUCAUGCAAAUAUUUCUGGGGUCAUUUCACAUUUAUGGACUCGCUUUAUCUCCCGGUCGUGAAUUGAAUAACGUUAUAUAUUUACUUUUGAAGAUUUGGAUAAUACGGGAAAGGACAGGAUUAAGAUUUUUGACACACAAAAGUUGACGGACGGAAAAAGUAAUCAGCAAAAAGUCUCAAACUGGACAGACAGACGAUAGCUCUGCUUUCCUUUGUCAUGUUUUUACAAACAAACGUUUCCGUAAAAUAACAAAUAAAUGUCAUGUCGGCACGGAAGCGCGAGGAUGUCUAGCUCAAACCUAAAAUGAAUAAAUGCUAUUUUGGAAGAACAUGCGUACAUUUGACGUAAAUUUAAUCUCUUCAAGUGCAAUUUUUCUAAACAUUUGAUUAUUGCUGCAUUCCUGUCCUUCCCCCUACCCUAAGUGCCAGAGACUUUUCACGCGCGGUUUCCGUUUCAGUCAAUUUGUCACUUCUACUCAAUCGUCGCAUGCAAGGAAAAAUAGAAUAUAUUAGCCAGCGAAAGCCUAACCACGACCUCUGAAGAUCGCUGAAGAAGAUAUUAAGGAGAACAUAGAGGAACCUGUUGAGACAAAUGCCUGAGGGAUGUUCCCUGAAUGCCUGGGGGAAUUUGUCACAAUAGGUGCAUCUAUGUCCUCCUUAACAUCUUCAGAGGCCGUGGUUAGGUUUUCGCUUGCUAAUAUUCUGUAGCGGCGGCAAUAUUCGAACAGACUGUGAAAGCAUUUCAAAUCUCUCAAACUUUCUUUAAACAGAACUAGAAUUUUUAAAACAGGGGACAAAUUUUAGUGUCCCACAAGGACGUUCUUUUGUCUCGUUAUAACGCAGUGGAAAAGGAAUGCAUGACGAAGCCUUAGGAUGUAAUUUUGACGCAGCAUGACAAAUUGUCACGCAAGUCAGCAGACCAAUGUAGCCCUUUUAUGGGUUCUUGUUUAAGUCUCUUUUAGUAUCUUCGAAUAUAUGUCCACGCAGGCAUGGACGUUAGCGCGACUUCAAGACUCUAAAAACACAGUAAUAUGGCCCCAUAUAAAAUUUCUUGCAAUCUCCACAGAGUGCAAGAAAUUGAUGAUGGCGGUUUGAUAACAACUUAAAUAUAACAUACACUCUUUCUAUUUGUUAGAGUCGAGGUAACGCGCCGAUCAAGUCGAAACUUCAACAUACAACCCCGGCGCAUUUGAACAUUUUAAAACAAGCCUGUUCAAAUUCCCACUUCUUUGGCCCAGUUGUAAUAACAAUGAUGAUGAUGAUGAAAUGGUUAUGUAAUGCUGAUGAACACGUUGAAGUCAUGAUAAUGACGGUACUGAGGAUCACGAUAAGAAUGAUGAUGAUAAUGAUGAUAAGUCUGAUGAUGACGAUGAUGAUUAGGGUGGUGAUGGUGACGCUGAUGAGGAUGAUUAUGAUGAUGGGAAUAAUGAUGAUGAUGAUGUUGAUAAUGAUGAUGGUGGUGGUGGUGGUGGUGGUGGGUGAUGGUGUGGUCGAGCGAAGUUCUGUUUAUAAGUCGUCCUGGGGAAGGGUUGACUCGAAGGGUUUGUAUGGAAGAUGGAGGUCCCCCCUGAUUGCCUUUUGGUCAGCUAUUUUUCCUUUUUCUAAAGGAUAGUGAGGCGCACGCGGAGUUGCUUAACGUUUCUUCCCUUAUGACGUGAAAUAGCCAUUGCAAAUUAACUCCCGAGCUACUCUACCUCUUGAAUCUAUAAAUAGACGUUUUACUAAUAUAUUCGAUAUAGUUGAAGUACCUUUGUUGAAAAGCAGCAUUUUCAAACAUUUUUUUUUAUCUCAAAAGUAUUGGGUGAUGGUUAUGACAAUUUUAUACGUCAGGUCAACCCCAGGUCAGUGAAGUUGAUUGGUGAGGGAAAACGACGACUGUAAUCACGAAAAUCAUUUUGGGAAAUUUCUACAGAUAAUUAGGGUAGUUUUCACUUAAAAAUAGUAAGAAGCGAUGUGAAACGGCUGGCAGAAUUUAAAGCAAGUGAGGAAAAUGCGGUACGUCUAUUGUGGUAACAGUGCACUUGAGAUAAUUACUUCAAAUGGAUUUGGGUUCCUGGGUUUGUUUUCAAUUUCUGAGACUUUUAGCGCUUUAUUUCGUUUACAUGUAUUGAAACUGAAUUUCAGCAGAUUUUUGUCACUUUCUGUCUUUAUAGUUUCCGAAUGAUAUUUGUUAAAAUCGAUUCAACUGCGCCCUCACGUAAAAGUUGUUGCUUUUAAUAACAAGGCACCAUUUUUAAUUCGCUAUGGCUAUAUGGCCGGUAACCGGUCAAGGUUUUCAAAACACAAAAUGACCGGCAGUUCGGUAUUUUCAUUAAAUUUGACUUAUCUAAGAAUCCCAGCCAAUCCAAACUAUCAUAUGUCGAUUAAGAAAAGUCAAGCGAUCCUGAAAUGCUCAAGUUUACGUUUGGUUUACGCUGGGCUCAGAAAACGAGACCAUGUUUUGUGACUUUUCAGGUCGACUGUCGGUCAAGGUUUUCAAAACACUAAAUGACAGGCAGUCCUAUAUUCUCAGUAAAUUUGACAAAUCGAAAAAAUCCAGCUAAUCUAUACCAUCGUAUGUCGAUUAAGAAAAGUCAAGCGAUCCUAAAACGCUUUAUGGUUCUGAAGUUUGGCUUUUGGUUUACGCUGGGCUCAGAAAACGAAACCAUGUUUUGGUCCACUUAGGACUUUUUUCCUCUUUCCUCGUUCCUCUUUCCUCGUUCCUCUUUCCUCUUUCCUCUUUCCUGUUUAGGAGUGAUGAAUGGUCCAUUAAAAUUUUUAACUGCUCGCAAAAUUUUACCUUUGCUCGAUUUGCUCGCGCAAAAUUUAAUCGAGUGCUCGCUUGGUCGUGCUCCCAAAAGUUUUGCAGUUGCUCGCAUGCUCGCUUUCUUGUCAUUAUUGCUCGAGAUUUUGUGGAUCCUUCUUUGGAUUAAAGUAAAUGUAAUUCUCUGUGGUGUUUAAUUCCUAUAAGUAUGGCUAUCAAGUUCAGUGACAACGAUAAAUAAUAAAUUAGCUAAUCUAGCUAUAUAUGGUUAAAAAGAGAAGAUAUUGUUACCUUGAGUUCUUCUGAGUUUCUCUACCGCUCUACUCACUGGGCUUUAAUUAGGCUGUGUUUUCACUAAAAACGGUUUGGAAGCCUUAGGAUUCUUCCAGAAGAGGUUGUUCUGAAACGAGGAUCUUGUUCUUCUUCAAGUUCUUCUUCAUCCACAUCAGUCAUGUCUCUUUCUUCAACGCCCUUGUACGCUCGAGACAUUCUUCGUAGAGCUCUUGGUUUAAAUCGAUAUGAAAAUCUUCGUCUGUGAACUGCACUUCCCAAACGGUUCCAAUCACAUGAUGUUUCUCUACCUGAGCGAUGAACUCGUAAUUGAAUACGCUGAACUGAAAGUAAACAAAAAUAAAAUUAUAAAAGUUAAUAAAUGAACCAUGGGCGUCUUGUUCAAGAUCUCAAUUUUCUCUCCGACAUGUUCAAGUUUAUUACAAGCCUAGAUUUUUGUUUUCUAACGAUUUUUAUUCGACUUCUCUUCUCUUAAAUUUUUCAAAUACUAUCCUAAAGCGAAAACGUUGUCCCCUUAAAAACAAGUAGUUAUAGUGUUACAUUUGUGUCGAAAGACUCAGCGCUUUCAUUCUAAUCAGUUGCCGCCAAAACACUGAACCCAAAAGGCUUGAUAGCAAAAAAAUCAAUCAAAAAAGUCAAUCUUGAGGGAACACCACUCUAAAAACACUUAAAUGUGUCUCUUGAAGUAAAAUGGAUCGAAAAUCCUGUACGAAAAGCAAUUUCUGCGCUGAAAACAAGAAAACCAACUCACCGUUUUACGAGGCGGCCAAACUACUAGUUUUCACCGUCGCGACUUCAGGUCGACGCUGUGGCAUUAUGCUAAUUAGUUCCAAGAAUUGAACAUUUCACUUCCGGUUGACGUCCUCCUUGGCCGCGUCCAGAGUAUCUUAAGGUCCCUAAUAUUCUGUAGCGGCGGCAAUAUUCGAACAGACUGUGAAAGCAUUUCAAAUCUCUCAAACUUCCUUUAAACAGAACUAGAAUUUUUAAAACAGGGGACAAAUUUUAGUGUCCCACAAGGACGUUCUUUUGUCUCGUUAUAACGCAGUGGAAAAGGAAUGCAUGACUAAGCCUUAGGAUGUAAUUUUGACGCAGCAUGACAAAUUGUCACGCAAGUCAGCAGUACCAAUGUAGCCCUUUUAUGGGUUCUUGUUUAAGUCUCUUUCAGUAUCUUCGAAUAUAUAUCCACGCAGGCAUAGACAUCAGCGCGACUUCAAAACUCUAAAAACACAGUAAUAUGGCCCCAUAUAAAAUUUCUUGCAAUCUGCACAGAGAGCAAGAAAUUGAUGAUGGCGGUUUGAUAACAACAUAAAUAUAACAUACACUCUUUCUAUUUGUUAGAGUCGAGGUAACGCGCCGAUCAACUCGAAAUUUCAACAUACAACCCCGGCGCAUUUGAAGAUUUUAAAACAAGCCUGUUCAAAUUCCCACUACUUUGGCCCAGUUGUAAUAACAAUGAUGAUGAUGAUGAAAUGGUUAUGUAAUGCUGAUGAAGACGUUGAAGUCAUGAUAAUGACGGUACUGAGGAUCACGAUAAGAAUGAUGAUGAUAAUGAUGAUAAGUCUGAUGAUGACGAUGAUGAUGAGGGUGGUGAUGGUGACGCUAAUGAGGAUGAUUAUGAUGAUGGGAAUAAUGAUGAUGAUGAUGGUGGUGGUGCGAAGUUCUGUUUAUAAGUCGUCCUGGGGAAGGGUUGACUCGAAGGGUUUGUAUGGAAGAUGGAGCUUCCUCCUGAUUGCCUUUUGGUCAGUUAUUUUUCCUUUCACUAAAGGAUAAUGAGGCGCACACGGAGUUGCUUAACGUUUCUUCCCUUAUGGCGUGAAAUAGCCAUUGCAAAUUAACUCCCGAGCUACUCUACCUCUUGAAUCUAUAAAUAGACGUUUUACUAAUAUAUUCGAUAUAGUUGAAGUACCUUUGUUGAAAAGCAGCAUUUUGAAACAAUUUUUUUAUCUCAAAAGUAUUGGGUGGCGGUUAUGACAAUUUUAUACGUCAGGUCAACCCCAGGUCAGUGAAGUUGAUUGGUGAGGGAAAACGACGACUGUAAUCACGAAGAUCAUUUUGGAAAAUUUCUACAGAUAAUUAGGGUAGUUUUCACUUAAAAAUAGUAAGAAGCGAUGUGAAACGUCUGGCAGAAUCUAAAGCAAGUAAGGAAAAUGCGGUACGUCUAUUGUGGUAACAGUGCACUUGAGAUAAUUACUUCAAAUGGAUUUGGGCUCCUCGGUUUGUUUUCAAUUUCUGAGAUUUUUAGCGCUUUAUUUCGUUUACAUGUAUUGAAACUGAAUUUCAGCACAUUUUUGUCACUUUCUGUCUUCAUAGUUUCCGAAUGAUAUUUGUUAAAAUCGAUUCAACUGCGCCCUCACGUACAAGUUGUUGCUUUUAAUAACAAGGCACCAUUUUUAAUUCGCACAAUCAAAUAAAGGCGCUUGUUCGCUUUCUUAAUGCACUCUGAGAUGUGUUCGUUCCAUUUUAAUUUAAAUCUGAGCUAAUAGUGACUCCUAGGAUUUUUACACUGUUUGAUACAGAUAGUUCCUUGCCACUUAUCACAAUUGGUGGAAAAUUGUGAGUGUUCCUUUUUGUGAGUUCUUCUGAGUUUCUCUAUCGCUCUACUCACUUGGCUUUAAUUAGGCUGUGUUUUCACUAAAAACGGUUUGGAAGCCUUAGGAUUCUUCCGGAAGAGGUUGUUCUGAAACGAGGAUCUUGUUCCUCUUCAAGUUCUUCUUCAUCCACAUCAGUCAUGUCUCUUUCUUCAACGCCCUUGUGCGCUCGAGACAUUCUUCGUAGAGCUCUUGGUUUAAAUCGAUAUGAAAAUCUUCGUCUGUGAACUGCACUUCCCAAACGGUUCCAAUCACAUGAUGUUUCUCUACCUGAGCGAUGAACUCGUAAUUGAAUUUUAGACAGUCUUCGGGAUCGCUUGCGUACGGGUGUGUUUUUACUUUAGACGAAGUUCUCGUAAGGUUUUGUUCAAGCUUUCCUAAAAUAAAGUCUCGACUGAUCUCUUUGUACUUAGCGAUGAGUAUAACAUCGUCUUUUUAAAACAUUUUCUGUUUUUUUUUUUUUUUUCUUUUUUUUUUUUUUUAAGAAAAGGACUUGCAUAUGGAUUGCUGCAAGCGGAAAAUAUAAAAAAUGCUCCAUGCUCGCGAGUUGUACUCUCUGAACUGCUCGCUGCUCGCAAACCAAUUUUUUUCAUCUCUGCUCGUGCUCGCAAAAAAAUCGCAGUGCUCGCAUGCCCGCGAAUGCUCGCAAAGACCAUUCGUCACCCCUCUCUUUCCUCUUUCCUCUUUCCUCUUUCCUUUUUCCUCUUUCCUCUUUCCCGACUUAUCUAGGCAAGUUCGAAGCGACUCUGCUAGCAGGGUAGACAGCCGGUCGUUUAGUGUUUUGAAAAUCUUGGCCGGCCGUCGAUCUGAAAAAAGUUUUAAGUGUCAAAAAACCUGGUUUCGUUCUCUGAGCGCAGCGUAAACCAAACGCUAGAACCUGAGAUCUAUAAAGCGUUUCAGAAUCGCGUGACGUUUCUAGCUGUUUUUUUUUUUUUUCGAUUUUUCAAAUGUACUGAGAAUAUAGGACUGAUUGUCAGUUAGUAAGUGUUUUGAAAACCUUGACCGGUUAUCGCCGCCAUACAGCCAUAGAGCGUUUGUAAUUUUCUGCAACUCAACUGCUGUCAGUUGAACUCAGAAGUGUGACGAUCCCAGAGAAAUAAGACAAUCUGUAGAAAGAACUAUCCUUUAAGCAUACGUGAAUGAAAUUUGGUCAAUUUUUAGAUAACACCACAUGUAUUUUUGUUAAGUUGUUCGAAACCAUGUUUCGCGUGUUGUUCCUACGUCCGAAAAUGCCGUUUACAAAUCCGCUGUUAAGUACUUAUGAAAAGCAUUAGACCACAGAUACUACUAUUUUUAAAAAGAAGAAGACCCAGUGUACACAACUAUAAUUUAAAAGGUUUGAAUUUAGUUUUUGAGUCCGAAUGAAGACUUCCUGAAAACCUCGUAAUUUCACGUUUGGAACUAGUGAAAUUUUAUUUUUAAUUUUAGGCCGAGACGGUUUUUUUUAUUGUUUCUAGCCGUUAAAAAGAAUAUUCUCAAAAACUAAUAACUUCAUUUUAUUUCAUUACACACCUUAGGCUUGCUACACUUGCGAAAUCGACUUUUGACCGUGUCCGCGAUUUUUCCAAUUUUCAUUGAUUUUUACUGACAUUCACUCUUAAAUUCUUUUGAGGUAAAAUUUCCUUUCUAAGUCUCACCUCUUUUGGAACAUUUAAAAACUCAAUAAAAGUAUGAAAUAGCCAGCGCCGGACUAAACUACCAUUAUGAAAAGUGUUGAGAUAGGUACGUUUUAUUGAAGGUCCACAAGCGUGCAUACGAGGUUCUCACUGCGUGCGGAAGUACAAAUAUUGAUGCUCAUUAAACAAUGCUUUUUAAAAAUUCCAAUAAAUGCAAAAAUUAGAAAGAAUUUUAUACUCUUAUGUUAGAAAAGGUAAUAGCAUGAUUUGUGGUGAUAUUUGGCAUAAAUACUACGAGUUAUAUUUCGAAAAUUGUUGUACAUUUCAAGAGCCGUUAGGCGAGUGAAAUGUGAGACAAUUUUGAAUUAUAUGCCAAAUAUCACGUACAAAUUAUGCGGUUAUUUGUUUAUACUACUACCUGCAAACAGUUUGUAAUUUUCACAUAUAGGUAUUUCAAAUUAAUCUGAAAUACCAUUGCUCUAAGCCAAUCAAAUUGCAGAAAUUUCGCUUGCAGUAGUUUAAUGUAUUAAAUAUAUAAGUUUUGACAAACUCUCAGUAUAUCUUUGUUUAUUUUCAAAUAAUCGUCCAAUUGACGACCAUCAGAAACACAGACAGCUACAGCAACGAGAAGGACCAAAAAUGAUUUAUUUGUUCAAAAUAACAACUCUGCGGAAUACCCCAGCACGUCCAAGUUAUGAUUGCAGUUUCUAAUAACUUUUGGACGAAAGCAGUGCACCAAAAAUAUAAGAAAACACAUAGACGGAACAUUCAAGAUUACUAUCGGCUAAUCAAUGAAUCGUGACCAAGCUGAUUUUACCAAAAAUCGACUCGAAAACUGGGAAUUACCCAGACCAGCUCUGAAGGUCCUUCUUUUUUAGAGAAGUGACCGUGAGUUGCCUUUUUGAAAGUUCUCUGUAAGUACAUAACCUCAAGCAGUGCUAUAACCCCUUAAGUCCCAAUACUGACCGACAUCAAUUUUCUCCUAAAAUAUCUAUAUGUUGGCAAGAGAAAUGGUUAUGAGAGUUAAUAGAAUGAUCACUAAAGAGAAAACUCUUUGAUUUGUUAUCAAAUUCUCUCAACUAAUUAGUUAAGGAAAUGUAUGAAGAUCGAUAAGUAUGGAGAAUUUAUAUGUUGACAGUGGGGCUUAAAGGGAUAAAGGAGAAAACAAGAUUCGGGAGGCGGGAAAAAAAGUUAACGUAUCGGCCGUGUUUUGCAUUCUUGUGUCUGUUGUUUGCUAUUUUGAAUUCAUUUUGAAAAGCAAGAAAUUGAUAACUGAUUCAGAAGAUCGAUGUCGACUAAAAGGCACGCGCCAAUUUGCAAUUGGGAUAAUUUUUUUUCUCUCUCUAGCAGUCUUGCAUCUAGAGACAGUAGGAGUAAGAUGCUUAUCAACCUAAACUUCCUAUUGAAAUAUAAAAUGUUUUGUGCCUGAACGUUACUUUGGAAAAAAUCAGAAAAUAUGGUCUUUCAUUUGAGGCGAUCGUCUUCUCCUCUUUUUGUCUGCUUGGCUGUUGUUUUUGAGCGUAUCUUUCAACGAAGCUCAAUCGUCGAAUGUCUAUGUAAAUUAAUUUUAGUGAAGCAGAAAAUGUCUCAAGUUUAAGCGCAAACUUCUGAUAGUCUCGAUUUUCCCGCUUAGAAUAAAGAGUGCCCGUGGACCAAUAUAUUACCUCUCCUCACAACCAAAAUAAUGGUAAUAAUGUCAUUACAAUAUUCGCAACAAAGAAAAAGAUAAAACAUAAAUAAAUCACGAUAUCAGGUGUAAUGUUCUUACUUCGUGAUUGCUAAUUUGUCUGUUUGAACUUACAGAUCUUCCAGUCGUCAACUGUGCAACCAACACUCACUUGUGCAAUGCCAAUGCUGUUUGCAAGAACAUAGAGGGUUCUCAUAUCUGCAUCUGCAAUUCUGGAUAUAUUGGAAAUGGCAAAAUAUGCGCUGGUAAU